AUGACUGGCGGGGAAAGCGCAGCCGGGGGAAGCGCAGGGGGGAAAAGCGCAUCAGGAGAAAGCGCAGCGAAACCGAGCGUGCAGGCUCAACCAGCGAGUGCAAGGGACCCCGAGGCGCCGCCGUCCACUCUCGAGCCGCCCCCUGCUUCCCCGGAUUCUUCUGGUUCGGCAGCCAGCGUGCGGGGCUCCGAAUCGCCUCUUAGCUCGCUGCGCGUUAUGUUGGAAGUUGCGGAGCAAGAACUAGCAGCGGCUAGGGACCAGUCUCUAGCCGCCGAGGUUGAGGCGCAACGCGUUGCGGAACGAUCGAUUGAGCUGAAGGACGCGGCUGUUGCAGCGGAGAACGCGGUGGAUGAGGUGCUGCGUGACGUGGAAACUGAGCUGGCUGUCGAGGUGGCAGCGCAGAAGGCGCUGAACGCUGCUGAUGCGGCGUUCGUUGCGCAAGAGGAGGCGGCAACGGCGGCGGAAGCGGAAUUGCGCGCAGCACUGCUAGAGUUCGUUAAUAGAGAGGGCGAAGGGGGAAGGUCAGAGGAGGAAGGCGGGCUGGGGAGCGCGGAUCCGGGAACUGGCGCCGGGGGGAAGCCUUCUGCGGAAAAGGUAACUGCGGAAAGGGUAGCCGCUCUGAAGUCUGCGGUGAAAGAGGCGCAAGAGUUGUUGCAGGCGCGCAGGGAGGAGCUGCGCACGCGGCGGGAGGCGCUGACGCAGGUGCUGGCGCGCAAGGAGCGGCUGCUGCAGCUGGCGGCGGAGCGCUCGGAGCGCGCGGGGGAGGCGCGGAGGUUGGCGCAGGAGGCGGAGGAGCGCGCGGGUGCGAGCAUGGCGGCGGCGGAAGAGGCUGUGGCGGGGGAGGUGGAGGCGAAUAGGCGCGUGUCGGAUGCGAGCAAGGCAAUCAGCAGGGCGGAGAAGCUGAGCAAAGAUAUCGCCAAGGCAAGGGAGAAGGCGGCGCUGCUGACGGUGGAGAAGGAGGCGCUGCUGGCCAAUGAGGUGGCUCGGGCGUCUGCUGCGCUGGCGUCUACAGUGAAAGAGGGGAAGGCGGCAGCAAAGGAGAUGCUGCCACGUGGCACCGCUUCUGCAGCUGAUGCCGCUGGUGGUUCUGACGCCACCUCUCCUGGUGUCGUCAGCACUGCUGCUUCUGGUGGUGCUGCUACAGCUGGUGGGGUGGCAGCAUGUGGGGCAGGUGCGGAGAUGGGCGGCACUACCACAGCAGGCGCAGUUGAGGCGGAUGUGGGGGCGGAUGGGGGCAGGGGAAAGGGGGAGGAGAGCGAUGAGGAGGCAGCCAAGGGAGAGAGUGCGGUUGGAGCGGAAAAGAGAGCGGUGCAAAGCGGUGGUGGGGAGACAGGGAAGGAAGGGGGGUUUACAGGGGAGGUAGUGCCUGCUGCUGCGAGCAACGGUGGGGUGAAGAGUGCAAGUAGCAGCGCUGCUGCUGCUGCUGCUCCUGCGCCUGUGGGGAAAGGGCCUGGGGAGGGGAAUGGGGUGGCACGUGUCAGCGUGGGAUUGGACAAGGCAGGGGCGGUGGAGGCAGAUGAGGGAGAGCCCAAAAAGUCCUCCCGCUGGGUCUCCGCAUCCUUCUUUUCUGCUCCAGAUGACACCUCCACCGCCGCAGGUGCCACCUCCCCCUGGGCGUGGCUGCAGAGCGCCCUCCCCAGCGCCGUCACCUCCCUCAGAAGGCACCUCCCCAAGGCUGUGGUGGCGUUUGUCGUUUUGCUGCUGGGGUGCGUGGCGCUGAACGCGCGCAUGGAGAACCGGGCGGCGCAGAGAGGACAGCACGUGCCGCCCGUGACGAUGGCUGUGAUGGAGGUGGAGCAGAAGGCGGUGCGGCCGCUAGUGGCGGAGGUGCAGCGGGUGGGGAUGAGGGUGAGGGAGAUGGUGGAGAAAAUGCCAAAGCACGAGCCCAACGAGGAGGAGGCAUCGCUGUAUGACGUGCUCUGGCUGCUGCUGGCUAGCGUCGUGUUUGUUCCGGCGUUUCAGAAGCUGCCUGGUGGCAGCCCUGUGCUGGGUUACCUAGCAGCGGGCGCCCUCAUCGGUCCGUAUGCGCUCUCCAUCAUAAAGCACGUGCAUGGCACCAAGGCACUCGCAGAGUUUGGUGUGGUCUUCCUCAUGUUCAACAUUGGCCUCGAGCUAUCACUGGAGCGGCUCAACUCGAUGCGCAAAUACGUCUUCGGCCUUGGCUCCGCACAGGUGCUGGUGACGGCAGUGGUGGUGGGAGUGAGUGUGGCGGCGCUAGCAUCGGUGUCGGGUCCGGCUGCUCUCGUCAUUGGCAGCGGCCUCGCGCUCUCCUCCACUGCCGUCGUGCUCCAGGUGCUGCAAGAGCGAGGGGAAAGCACCUCUCGCCAUGGCCGUGCAACCUUCUCGGUCCUGCUCUUUCAGGAUCUGGCGGUGGUGGUGUUGCUCAUCCUCAUCCCUCUCCUCGCACCCUCCCCGACUUCUGCCGAUGGGUCCGUGGGUCUGGCAGCCAUUGCCAAGGCGCUGGGGCUGGCAGCAAUGAAGGCAGUGGUCGCCAUUGCAGGCAUCUUUGCGGGCGGCAGACUGCUACUGCGUCCCAUCUAUCGCAGCAUGGCGGAGAAUCACAACGCGGAGAUCUUUGCCGCCAACACGCUGCUCGUCGUGCUCGGCACCUCCGUGCUCACCGCACAGGCGGGCCUGUCAAUGGCACUGGGAGCGUUCCUAGCAGGGCUGCUCCUGGCAGAGACGGAGUUUGCUCUGCAGGUGGAGUCGGAUAUCAACCCCUACCGUGGGCUGCUGCUCGGGCUCUUCUUCAUGACUGUGGGUAUGUCCAUAGACCCCAAGCUCCUGAUCGCGCGCUUCCCCCUCAUCAUCGCGUCGAUAGCAGCGCUCAUCAUCGGGAAGACAGCUCUCAUAACAGCCAUGGGUCGCUACUUUGGUCUCUCCACCAUUGCUGCUGUGCGCACCGGGCUGCUGCUAGCGCCUGGAGGGGAGUUCGCCUUUGUUGCAUUCGGGGAGGCCGUGCAAAAGGGCAUCAUUCCGGCGCAGCUCUCCUCGCUACUCUUCCUCAUAGUCGGAAUCAGCAUGGCCAUCACACCCUGGCUCGCCGGCUUUGGUCAGCUGCUGGCGGCGCGGUUCGACCAGCAGGACGUGAGGAGUUUGGAGCCACAGGAGACAGAGACGGACGACCUGCAGGGGCACAUCAUCAUCUGUGGCUUUGGUCGCGUGGGGCAGAUCAUUGGCCAGCUGCUCUCAGAGCGCCUCAUCCCCUUUGUUGCCCUCGACGUCCGCACUGAGAGAGUCAGUGCAGGGCAGGCCCUCGACCUGCCGGUGUAUUUCGGCGAUGCGGGCAGCAGAGACGUGCUGCACAAGGUGGGGGCGGAGCGGGCGGCGGCGGCCGUCAUCACUCUGGACACGCCCGGGGCGAACUACCGGGCGGUGUGGGCGCUGACGCGCAACUUCCCGCACAUCAAGACGUUUGUGCGCGCACAUGACGUCGACCAUGGGAUUAACCUCGAGAAGGCCGGCGCCACUGCGGUGGUGCCAGAGACGUUGGAGCCCAGUCUGCAGCUGGCAGCGGCCGUGCUUGCCCAGGCCAAGCUCCCGCCAGCGGAGAUUGCUGCCACGCUGGACGACUUCAGAGUGCGACACCUGGCAGACCUGAACGAGACAUCAAUGGGGUUUGCGUCAUCAUAG